CACCGUCCACACCAUGAAUCCGGAACGAAUAUUAAUAUUAUCGAAUCGAUACCUACUUUGUGUUGGCUUUGCCGUAAAAAAAUUCUCGAAGAAAUUCCAAAUUCACCAGCGCUCAAUUCGAGGGACGAUUGUGUUCGUACUGUUGAAUCUGCUGUAUUUGAUUUGCCUGUAUGAGCAUUACGACAAGAAACUUUUUUUGGAAAACGUGAAGGACUUUUCGAAGACCAUUUACUACUCGUUGUAUACGCAUCUCUUCCUUGGGAUAAUCGGUGUUUGCGUCAUUUUAUUCGAUUUGAGCGCAUUUUUGGAAUAUUCUGAUCAGGUCGUACAAGCGCUACCUAAGCAACAAGAAGUCAGGCCCAAAUUUGACCGAGUGGAACUGUUUGUGUAUUAUCGAACAUUUGUCAAUUUGGUCGCAUUCAUUGGAAUCGUGGCAUACGACUUAUCAAUCAUUGACCUAAAAUAUUUGACCAGAAGUAAAGCAAUGUUGUUUAUAGCUCUCUACUAUCCCCAUUGUGCCCUUGGCAACUGCAUCCGAUAUUUUACCAUUCAAAUGGCUCUACUAAAAUCCGUUAGUCAAAAUUUGAAUAAAAAACUGUCCGACAUUCAGCUAGCCCACGAAUUUCGACAUCAUAGACUUUUCCUCGAAUACAUCAAAAGCGAACAAAUUGCCGAUGUGGUCAAUGUAUCACCAUGCACGAGCGUGACCGCUUGGAACAGAUCUCGGCCAAUUGCAACGAUCAAUGCGAAAUAUGAAGAGCUUAAAAUGCAGGACAGUGUUUUCUUCCAAAAAUGGUGGAGCACAAUCCGAAAUCGUCAUCAUUCACCGCGCAAAACGGACGUGAUUCAAAUGCUAGAUGCUGUUGCGUCGAAUGAAUAUGUGUUGAAAAGAUUGAAAAACAUUUUCGGUGAAUAUGAUGAUUUCAUGAAAUUGUAUCGGAAGCUGGAAGCACUAAUUCAGAAGCAAUUAUUUUUGCUUGUGUGCCAGCACACGGUAAUUGUUGUGGUUGCGAUUCACCUAUUCACGGAAAUUUAUUUGGAAUGGGGCGAUUUGUUAGACGAAAAAGAUGUCAAAAUGGUGAAGACUAAUUACACGGUUCAUUUGGUACAAAUUGUUCAUGAUUUUGGUUGCUUAACAUUAACGGCAAUCAUUUGCAGAACUGAGAUAAGAGAUACGAAAUCUAUCGCGACAAAGUUGAUGGCUAUGCCAUUCUCAGAUAACGUUCGUUGCGCGGUUAGCUACUUUUACUUCAAAUUGCAAAGCUUUAAGGAAAAUGUUUACGCGUUCGAUCUGUUCAAAAUGGAUGGUAGCAGUUAUUUGAUGGUACUUCUACAAUAUGCCGUUCUUGGUACCAUAUACGUCCUCUACCAAUAUUUCGAUAUCAAACUUGAAGAUCUGAAAACGACGGUCGACACCAUGAACGAUGACGAUGAGUAAAGCCAGAACAGCAAACCAAAAACUUUCGACUUCAAAUGUCCUUUUAUUUAACAAGAUUGGAAAUAAAAACAACAAGUCAA